AUAAUGCGCAUGUUGAUUUAAUGGUCGCAUGUGUGUUGUGGCAAUAAACUUCGCCGGUUUUCUUGUUGAAAAUAACAGUUUGAUUCAAUAUCAAUUAUCCCAAUAUGGAAGAAGAUUCUAGCAUCGACGAUUUCUUUGCCAAAAAGGACAAAAAUAAAAAGAAAUCUAAAUCAAAAAUGACUACAACUACGAGUGAAUUAUUGUCACAAAUGGAUGAAAGACACGCAAGAAAGCAGAGGCAAAAAAGAGAAAAGGAAACCGAGAAUCAAGCUGGUUUGACAGAUCGGGCAUCAAAAGACAUUAUCGGCGACAAAUUAAAGGAAACGGAAGACUGGCAGGAUUUUGAAGAAGAACAGGAAAAAGAUUAUUCUGGUUUGAGGAUACAAAGUUUACAAAUAUCACGUGAUCCAAAUGAAGAAAAAGAUGAGGAGGAACAAGAAGUGUCUCAAGAAGAAGAAAAUGACAGUUCUGCAAAAUGCACUCGUGAUUUAACGCAAGGUCCCUGGAAACAAGGCGCAGCUCCCUCAGCGCCAGCACCAGUUGUGGCUGCUCCAGAACCAGAAAAACCCAAGGAAGAUGCCCCUAAAACUGUAGGAAAAUAUGUCCCUCCUAGUAUGAGAGGUAGUGCUGGUAGUUCUAGCUCAACCCCUGCUUCUGGCCCACGUGUUAGAAUGGGUAAAAAAAAUGCUCCAAAUAUAUCAAGUGAAAUGGACUUUCCGUCUCUGGGUGGAAGCAAAGCACCGGCUGUACAAGAAACAAGUGAAAACAUUGAGAAUCCAAAUCAAAGAGGAAAAUUAAAUUUAACGUUAGGAAAUAAAUUCUCAGCGCUGCAGAACUGAUGAUGGAACAUUUAGAAAAGGUGAAAAUGAAAGAUGGCAUUAAUGUAAAAAAAAAUGGAUUAUAUUAUUUUCCUUUUUUUUUUUUGCUGUGAAUGGAA